AUGGCGUCCUCCCUGCUUGAGGAGGAAGCUCACUAUGGCUCCAGCCCCCUGGCCAUGCUGACAGCGGCGUGCAGUAAAUUUGGCAGCUCCAGCCCUCUGCGGGACUCCACGACACUUGGCAAAGCAGGCACAAAGAAGCCAUACUCUGUGACCAGUGACCUUUCAGCCUCCAAAACCAUGGGGGAUGCUUACCCAGCCCCCUUCUCCAGCACCAAUGGGCUCCUCUCCCCCCCAGGCAGCCCUCCAGCACCCACCUCGGGCUAUGCCAAUGACUACCCUCCCUUUUCCCACUCGUUCCCAGGGCCCACGGGCACCCAGGACCCUGGGCUCCUAGUGCCCAAGGGGCACAGCUCUUCUGACUGCCUGCCCAGCGUCUACACCUCUCUGGACAUGGCACACCCCUAUGGCUCCUGGUACAAGGCAGGCAUCCACGCAGGCAUCUCACCGGGCCCAGGCAAUGCUCCUACCCCUUGGUGGGACAUGCAUCCCGGGGGCAACUGGCUCGGUGGUGGGCAGGGCCAGGGUGAUGGGCUGCAAGGGACACUGCCUGCAGGCCCUGCUCAGCCUCCAUUGAACCCCCAGCUGCCCACCUACCCGUCCGACUUUGCCCCCCUUAAUCCAGCCCCCUAUCCAGCUCCCCACCUCCUGCAGCCAGGGCCCCAGCAUGUCUUGCCUCAGGAUGUCUAUAAACCCAAGGCAGUGGGCAACAGUGGGCAGCUGGAGGGGAGCGGUGGAGCCAAACCCCCCCGGGGUGCAGGCACAGGGGGCAGUGCUGGCUACGGGAGCAGCGGAGCAGGGCGCUCCUCCUGUGACUGCCCCAACUGCCAGGAGCUGGAGCGCCUGGGCGCUGCCGCAGCCGGGCUGCGAAAGAAGCCGAUCCACAGUUGCCACAUCCCGGGCUGUGGCAAGGUGUACGGCAAGGCCUCCCAUCUGAAGGCCCACCUGCGCUGGCACACGGGAGAGAGGCCUUUCGUCUGCAACUGGCUCUUCUGCGGCAAGAGGUUCACCCGUUCGGACGAGCUGGAGCGCCACGUGCGCACUCACACCCGGGAGAAGAAGUUCACCUGCCUGCUCUGCUCCAAGCGCUUUACCCGAAGCGACCACCUGAGCAAACAUCAACGCACCCACGGCGAGCCAGGUCCGGGACCCCCAGCCAGCGGCCCCAAGGAGCUGGGGGAGGGCCGCAGCGCUGGCGAAGAAGAGGCCAGUCAGACACCCAGACCUUCCGCCUCACCGGCACCCCCAGAAAAAGCCCCUGAAGGCAGUCCGGAGCAGAGCAACCUGCUGGAGAUCUGA